CCUCUGGACACAUGCGCACUGUCCUCGCUCGGGGACAUGGGUGGCUACUGUACUUUGGGUCGCGUCUCGGGAAGUUGGCGUCUGGCGUCAGGGGUGUGCUCAGCUUUCAAGGCCGCAGGUUUUGGGACCGAGGCCCGGCAUCAGCGGCAACCUCAAGGCUCCAGCAAAUGGUUGGGAACCCCGGGGAAACAGCCCUUUCCAGGGCUGCUGCAGCCAGAAUACCUCAGUCGGGAGGAGCUGGUUGAUGUGCUGAGGGCAUCUGUGGUGGACCAGAAAGGACCACUAGUGACUUUGAACAAGCCACAAGGUCUGCCAGUGACAGGGAAACCAGGAGAGCUGACAUUGCUCUCGGUGCUGCCAGAGCUGAGCCAGUCCCUGGGGCUUGGAGAGAGGGAGCUCCAAAUUGUCCAAGCAUCUGAGAAGGAGUCCUCUGGGCUUGUACUCCUCUCUAGUUGCCCCCAAACAGCAAGCCGCCUCCAGAAGUUCUUUACCCACUCACGGAGAGCCCAGAGACCCAUAGCCACCUACUGGGCUGUCACUGAUGGGAUCCCAACUACUUCUGAGGGGAAGAUCCAAGCAGCUCUGAAAUUGGAACACAUUGAUGGUGUCAGUCUCGUAGUUCCAGUGAAGUCCCCAACCCGAAAGGACAUCCUAGAAGGUGUCAAGAGGACCCUCAGCUACUUCCGUGUGGUGGCUACUGGCUCUGGCUGUGCCCUGGUCCAGCUGCAGCCAUUGACAGUGUUCCCAAGUCAGCUACAGGUACACAUGGUACUGCAACUCUGUCCUAUGCUUGGGGACCACAAGUAUUCCACCGGUGUGGGCACUGUUCUGGGCCAGCGCUUUCUACUGCCAGCUGAGAGCAUCAAGCCCCAAAGACAGGUUCUGGAUGAAGCCCUCAUCAGAUGCCUCCACCUAACACCCUCCCAGGUUGCCCAGCUGCCAUUGCACCUCCACCUGCACUGUCUCCACCUCCCAGGCGCCAGGCCCAGGGACUCCCCCGUUGAGCUUGUGGCACCCUUGCCCCCUUAUUUCUCCAGGACCUUACAGUGCCUGGGGCUCCGCCAACAAUAGUUGUCCUUCUGUUCCUUUUAUUUCCAUUGGAAAGCAAUGGGUGUAGAGGCACCGCAGGCCUGAGGAGUGUGAGUUCAGUGCUCAACAUACAGAAAGGCUAUGGUUUAAGACCCUGGGCUCCGUAGUCAGAUUAACCUAAGAUCAAAUCCUUGCUGUGUGGCAUCAGACAAAUAACUUCACCUCUCUGGAUUUGAGAUAAUAGAAGUACUUAACUCAGUAUGGUUUUGAGGAUUUGCUUAGAAAGUAAAUGUUUAUCAUGGAACAUGUUUUCUGCUGAGUUCAGUGUGUGGUCUUUUGUUUGGCUAUUUCUGUUCCAGUUCUAGGUGGGAAGAAAUGUUAGAUUUUUAAAUUGUGGUAAAAUACACCUAGCAAGAUUUACCAUCUUAACUGUUUUUAAGUGUACAGUUAGUGGCAUUACGUACAUUCAUGCUGUUGUGUAAUCACCACCACCAUCCAUCCCAGAACUCUUCAUCUUGCAGAACUGAAACUCGGUUCUCAUUAAACACUAAGUCCCCAUUCCCUUUCUCCCAACUCCUAGUAGCCACUGUUCUCCUUGUCUCUAUGAAUUUGACUACUCUAGGGAACCUCAUAUAAGAUAGAUUUUUUACUAAAAAAAAUUGAGACAUAUAUUAAAUAGAGUGCAUAAAAUCUCUGUAAUUUAAAGAAUAAUUUUAAUAUGACACCCAUAUGACCAUUCAGGGCAUGAAAUAAACAUCCUUUCCUUUCUUGUAGAGCAGUUCUCAACAUGGCCCCUACAUUAGAACCCCCACUACUUAACCCCCCUCAGGAAGCUCAGGAGUGAUUCUGCACCCCAAAGAUACUGGUUUAAUUAGUCUGGGGUGGAGACCCCUAGCAUCAUCUUUUUUUUAAAGCUCCCAGAGGGGUUCAGUCUAAGUUGGAAUCACUGCCCUUUUGGAAGAAUCCUUUCCUUGCUUGUCUUUUAAAGUUUUACCACAUAAUGUAUGCAUCCUUAAACACUAUAUUUCAUUUUGCCUGUUUCUGAAGUUUCUAUAAAUGGAAUCAUGCUUAUA